AUGAGCAUGGUGAGGAUGGACCGUUCGAUGACGCCGUCGCGCGCGAAGACGGCGGUAGCGGUGGCGGCGAUCCUGGAUGAGAUGGAGGACAACCCCGGAAAAGACUGCGCGGAAAAGUUGGUGGAGAAGUUGCUCCCCCUUCAAAACGCGAGGAGGCUGAAGGAGUGGGUCGAGCAAGCUAGGGCGGGACGAGCCGGGGGCGCGUUGAGGGGAGGAGACGAAGGGCUGAUCAAGAUGAUGCGGACACUGCCGUUCGAUCAAAUCCAAGAAGUGCAACUCCCAGGACAGACGCGCAUGACGGACGGGGCGGUGCCGAUGAUCUUUUGUAUGUCGACGCAGGGGGUUGGAUCGGGGUUGGACACAUCUAGAAGGUUGUCGAAGAGGGGGGACCUGCAGAACAACAUGGUGUAUUGCGACGGCAGCAAAGUUGCGAAAACGUGGUACCGAUGGACAGCGCUGGUCUACGAUCACUCCGCGCGCAAGCUGUUGGAGGUGUUCUCGGCGUUCAUCCAAUCGGAAUCGUACGAGGCGGUGGCGCAGGUCUUGGCGACAUGGAAGCGGCUCGGAUCGCAGGGGUACGUGGGAAAGAACGGAAGCGAGAAGGUGGAGACGCACAUCGUAAACCCGAAGAAACUGAUGCUGGACUCGGCGGAAGGGGCAGUGAGAGCAACGGAGGAGGCUUUCAAGAAUUUCCGGGCGGAAGGGAGAGGACAGGUGGUGUCCUGCGCGUUCCACUUCCACGAGUGUCGGAGACGCCACGAGAGGGAGAACGUACCGGAAGCGUGGAGGGAGGAACACAAGCUGAGGUGCAAUCUCCUAUUGGGGGCUGCGUCGCAACGAGACGUGGAGCUAGAGGCGGAGGAGCUGAUGACGUUUUACAACGACAAGUGCAGCACGUGGGAGAACGCGCUGCUGAUGGAGGGGUGGCUACAGUAUUGGCUGCAACGGGGCUUUCGCUUGGUAGCGUAUCGGGACGAGGAAUGUUUGGAUGAUCCAGAGGAGGAGACGGGGUUCGAGUCGAGGGCUAACAUCGCGGAGUCGGCUCACGCGUCGUUCCUAAGGGGGCUUGGGGGGAAGAAGAUGCAGUUGGAUAUCGCGGCGGCGGUUCUUGUCAAUGGCGCAAACAUGCUGCUCCAAAUGUCUGACGCGAGGGCAAGGAAGGAAGCGUUGGCGAAGCCGGCGAGAGGACCGACCUUGUCGGACAACCGCCGCCGAAAUGGAGAGUGGAGAAGAAGUGUGGAAGAGAUGCGGGAAACCCUGCGAGGUGGGGGUAGCGUACAAGAAGGAGAGAGAGAAUUUGCAAGGAGGGUGCAGGAGGGGGGGUACGAGACGGACCCUGUCGGGACGGACCGGAUCGAGACGCGGAACAAGAGGAGACGGGAAGCGGAGGGGGCAGAGAGGCGGACUGAGAUGGAAGGAAGGGACAGCGAUGAGGAGGAGGGGACUCACAGGGCGGAUACCAUUAGGAGUGAAAGGUGGAGGAAAAAGGGGCGGUUGUCAAGUCCAGAGGGAGAGGAAGCCGUCGGUGGUAGUGGGUUUCACAAGGAUGUAUUGGAGUCGAUGGGAGACUUGACGGAGGAAGACAUAGCGGGACAAGCAGAGGAGUUCGAGAGGCUGCGAGAAAGGAACAAGGGGAGGAAGAGGAGUGGCAGCAGGCGGGAGAGCGAGUUUGUAGACGAGGACGAGGAGGACCUGGAUGAGAUUACAAGGCUGCAUGAGGAGUUGGAGAGGGAGGAAGAGGAGUUGAAAAACAACCGACGACGGGAGGAGGUAGAAAGAAGCGAGGAGGAAGCGCACGGGGAGGAGGAAGAGGAGGAGGAGGAGGAGGUGGUGGAAAGCGAUGAUGAGAGGGCUCGUGACGGGAGAGAAGCCGCGGGCGCCAGACUCAGACAACAGCGAGUUCCGGACGAGUAUUUUCAGGGCGCCAAGGCGUUCUCCACGCAAUGGGGAUUAGCGCGGUUAAAAACUUACGAUGCGGCCAUUUGCUGUGGCUCGAAGCAUUCGGGCUACGGAUACACAUCGUGUUGCACACCCUUGGUCGCGAGGAACAGAGCCGGGCGGUUGGGGAACGUGGUGCUCAUGAAGGUGGGUCUUCGCGUGGCACGGACGCUCGAGGUGGAUGGUGCGCCGCAAAGAAGGGUCGCGUACUGCGGGCGACUGAAAAAAUGCGCGAGCAGGACGUGCUGGGGGUUGAAUUAUUCUGUAGCAGCAGAGGAGGUUUUGCCGAACCCCGACACGCAUGUGUUUCCGUUGUUCGAGGGAACGGAGUUGACCGCGAGGGAUCGGGCGAAGCUAAGGGAGGAACGGGUUUUGUACGACGAGAGUCUUCCAAAGCUGAAGGAUCCAGGUGCGGCGUUGCCAUGUAAGAGCUUGAAGCUCGGGCCGAAGACUUUUCGGAACGCCGGAAUUGGGCCUGCAGAGGGGAAUGUAGAGGAUCGGCGAGGCUCUGGGGCGGGAGUGCGAUCGAAGCAACAGGCAGAUAAGGAGGCGAAGCGUCAAAUGCUGAAUAGGGGGGACGGGUUGGUGAAGGGAAGGCCGGUGCGGAACAGGACGAAGGCUACGAAGGAAAUGAAGGACAACCUGGUGAGGGGUUGCGUGUACAAGGGAAUCGUUGUGGCGGAGGCCAUGGGAGUGGACGCUGCGGGAGACCCAACGCGGAAGUUCAUGAUCAAGACAACGGGGUUGGCGGGGGCAGAUACGGACAAGCUCUACGAAGUGGUUUUGAAGAGGGUGUGCGAAUGCGAUUGCGCGGGGUACAAGAGAAUGAUGGCGGACAAUCGGAAGGCGUUUGCGUGGUGCAAGCACAUCUACGCCAUUAUGAUCAAGGUCUUGGGAUUCGGCAGGCACGACCCUCUGUUGUUGGCCGUUGCAUUCAACAAGGCGGAGUGGAUGCGGAUCACGUCAAAGCCGGCGACACAUUCGGCGCUGGCGGGUUAG